AUGGAAAAUUAUUUGAAUGAAGUUAAAGCACUUUGCGAAAGUGUUCAACCCGCCUUGGAAGAUUAUUCCAACAAACUUAAUGCAGCAAAUGAAGCAUUUGUUCAAACUUUAAGCUCAAUAGCAACUUCUUUGAAGUGUUUAUCAGAAACAUCAUAUGCUAUAUACAGUGCGAAUAAUACUGCGCAUCAACCAGACAAUUCACAAGAGAUUGCGGCUCUCAAACAAGAAAAUCAAUCCCUUCGCACUCAGCUUGAAGAGUUAAAAACGGUAGUUUUAUCACUCAAAGAAAACAAAGAAACUUCUAUGAGGAGUAGCGCUGGUCAUCAACACAGUCCUUCCGUCCCUCAAUCGUAUUCUUAUACUCCAAAGUCAAGUAUAGUUCCUACUAUCCCCACUUAUUCCAAUCCAAUGUCACAACCAUCUACAACCAUCCCUUAUCAAGUACAACAACCUAUCAUAAACGUUGCCCAACCCAACACCAAAUCUAUUCCAACGACCAAUCCCUUCACCAAUCAACCACAACAAAUUUCAAGUAUGCAAUUCACUCCAGGUGUUUUAUCCGUCCCACAACAGCCGAGCAUUUCCAUCGAACCAAAAGUGGUCAACAAAAUGCAACCAACUUCAACCAUCAAAUCAUCGAACACUUCAAAACCACAAAUUGGUAGUUUUGAACCAAACUAA